AACUCAUUUCCUCAUUCACUUCUGCAUUUCAUUUUAUAAUACCAUAGCAUAGAACAUUAUAUUCAUCAUUCACUUCCUUAGUCUUCUUCAUAUUUUCUAUUUUUUUUUUCUUAUUUGUCUUUGAUUCUAUUGAAAAGUUGCAUUCAAUAGCGUCCAUUAUUCCUGUACAAAGAAAGAAGGCAAAAAAAAGAGAUCAAUUUCGUUAAUACCAAAGCAAUUUUUUACCUUCCGAGAAACAAAAUCAAAGCCAAUCAACAUGACUACUACACUUCAAUCCAAUGUUACUCGUCCAUUGACCCUCAAGCAGGGUACAACCGAGGUCUCGAUUCUUGUCCCUUCUGAUGUCUGGGUUGCUGCUGAACAGCUUCGAGAAGAGUUUUUGGUUACAAGCACUGCAGCACCUUCAGCAGAAGAUGUUGUCGUUACUGAUGCGGAUAACCAGGCUCCUGAGAUGGUCUUCGUGGCCCGAUUCCUCAAGUUUGCCUCCGAUAAGAGUGAACAGAAUGAUCCCUCACUUCAAUUCAUCCCUGUGCUCAAGACCGUCUUCUUGUUCUUCGUCGCUAAAUAUCUCAAAGGGAACGACAUCCAUGCUGUUACCCGUAACCUUGCAAAGGAUACCCGCGUUGUCGUUAUUAAUGCAUUUUUCACUGCCUUGGUUUUCCUUCGAGCUACUGACAGUCUGAACUCCGGAGAGUAUGCACCACCUACCUCAGCCCUGUUUGCAGCUGCACAGCAUGGCAGCGCCAGACUGUUUGCUAUCUUUGGCGGCCAGGGCAAUAUUGAGGAAUACUUUGAUGAGUUAGCGGAUAUUUACACCACCUAUACUGCCUUGGUUCAAGUCUACGUCGACGCUAUGGCCGCGGUGUUGCGCGAGCAUGCCAGAUCUGACGACGCCUCGGUCUUCCACUCUAAGGGGUUGGAUGUCAUGGGCUGGCUGAAAAACCCUGACUCGAAGCCAGAUGUUGCGUAUUUGGUGUCUGCUCCCGUAUCUCUUCCUUUAAUUGGUCUGCUUCAGUUGAUGCAUUACUAUGUUAUGCUGAAGGUUCUUGACAAGACCCCUGCUCAGAUUCGUGAUCUUAUUUUGGGUUCAACUGGGCACUCUCAGGGUGUUAUCUCCUCCGUGGUUAUCUCAUCCUCCGCUAGCUUUGAGGAUUUCUUCAGCAAUUCACGCAAGGCCCUCGGCUUGCUCUUCUGGAUUGGAACUCGCGCACAAGAAUUUUAUCCACCUACCACCCUCAACCCCGCUAUUUUACAGGAUUCGCUUUCUAAUAAUGAGGGUAAUCCUACACCCAUGUUGGUGGUUAAUUCGCUUCGUGCCUCUGAGGUCCGCAAGUAUGUGGAGGCUACGAAUCGCCAUCUUCCCGAAGAUCGCUUAAUCAAGAUUGCCCUCAUCAACGGCCCUCGCUCAGUCAUCUGUACAGGCCCUCCUCAGUCGUUAUAUGGUUUGAAUUUGGCUCUUCGCAAGCUUAAGGCACCAACCGGUCUUGAGCAGGGUCGAGUUCCCUUUUCGCAGCGCAAAGUCAAAUUCUCGUCACGUUUCUUGCCUAUCACGGCUCCUUUCCAUUCAUCUUACUUGGAUGGCUGUGCAGCGAUUGUAGAGCAGGAUAUCGAAAGAUAUGACUUGAAGUUCCACCACACUGAUAUGACCAUCCCUGUCUUCUCGACUGAUUCUGGAAAGGAUAUUGCUGGAUCGCCUGAUGUAACUAUGGACCUUGUUCACCAAAUUCUGUCCCUCCCUGUACACUGGGAAAAGGCUACCACAAUGGCUGGCUUGACUCAUGUGAUUGAUUUCGGCCCAGGUGGUUCCUCUGGAAUUGGCUCUCUGACUGCUCGUAACAAAGAUGGUACUGGCGUCCAGAUCAUUCUUGCUGGCGCCACAGAGGGGAUCAAUCGCGAACUCUCAUACAAGCCUGAUCUUUUUGAUGCCAAUCCUGCCUCGCUUCGUUAUGCCCCUAACUGGGCUCGCGAGUUCCAGCCUAAGCUUAUCCGCUCUGCCAAUGGUGAUAUCCAUAUUGACACUCGUAUGUCGCGUCUUUUGUCCAAGCCUCCAUUAAUGGUCGCUGGUAUGACCCCUUCGACUGUAAAUGAGACCUUUGUCAGUGCUGUCAUGAAUGCUGGUUACCAUAUCGAAUUAGCUGGCGGCGGCCAUUACAACGAGCUUGCUGUCCGAAAUAAGGUCAAGAAAAUUAUGCAACUUACUACCCCCGGUGCUGGUAUCACCUUAAACACACUAUUUAUCAACGUUCGCCAAUGGGGUUUCCAGGCUCCUUUGGUGCCUAAGCUUCGUCGUGAGGGUUUGCCCAUGGAGGGUUUUUGCUGCGCUGCUGGUGUCCCUUCACUUGAGGUCGCCAAUGAAUUUAUUACUGAUAUGCUCGACGCUGGUAUUCGCCACAUCUCUUUCAAGCCUGGUUCAGCCGAGUCGAUUCGUCAGGUCUUGGCUAUCGCUGCCGCCCACCCCGAGAUGCCCAUGAUUCUUCAGUGGACUGGUGGCCGUGCUGGUGGUCACCACAGUUUUGAGGAUUUCCACCAACCCAUCCUUGAUACUUAUUCUGCUAUUCGUCGUCAUCCCAACGUCGUCUUAGUAGCUGGUUCUGGAUUCGGUGGUGCAGAAGACACUUAUCCUUAUCUCACUGGCGACUGGUCUGUACAGCUGGACUACCCUCCUAUGCCCUUUGAUGGUGUGCUUUUUGGCUCACGUAUGAUGGUUGCUAAGGAAGGUAUGGCCUCACUCGGUGUGAAGCAGGCGAUUGUUGACGCCCCUGGUGUUGAUGAUUCAGAGUGGGAAAAGACUUAUAAAGGCCCCACCGGUGGUGUCAUGACAGUCCGCUCCGAGCUGGGAGAGCCUAUUCAUAAAAUUGCUACACGCGGUGUGCGCCUGUGGAAGGAAAUGGAUGACACUAUCUUCUCACUCCCCAAGGACAAGCGCACUGCUGCUCUUUUGGCCAAGAAGGACUAUAUCAUAAAGCGCUUGAACGCUGACUUUCAAAAGGUUUGGUUUGGUAAGAAGGCUGAUGGCAGUGUUGCCGAUCUUCAGGACAUGACUUAUGAGGAGGUCAUCAAUAGAAUGAUCGAGCUCAUGUUUAUUAAACAUGAGGAACGCUGGAUAGAUCUCUCUCACCGCAAUCUUUUGGGUGAUGUUCUCCGCCGCAUUGAAGAGCGCUUUGUCGGUGUCGAGAAGGACUCCAUUGUUCAGACUUAUUCUAGAUUAGAUAUUCCUUUUGAGUUUGCCCAAGAGUUCAUCAAUACUUAUCCCCUGACUAAGACUCAGCUCUUGACAACUGAGGACGUUGGCUACUUCUUGUUCUUAAUGACCCGUCGCGGCCAGAAGCCAGUGCCAUUCAUCCCUGUCCUUGACAAGGACUUUGAAGUCUGGUUCAAAAAAGACUCUCUCUGGCAAGCCGAAGAUCUAGCUGCUGUAGUCGACCAGGAUGUUCAACGUACUUGUAUCCUCCAGGGACCUACCGCCGCUCGCUACUCUACCAAGGCGGAUGAGCCUGUCAAGGACAUUCUGGACGGAAUCUUCCACAGCCACAUUGCUUCGCUCAAGGAUCGUUACUAUAGCAAUGAUGACAGCAGUAUUCCUCAGGUCGAGUAUUUUGGUGGCAAGCCCAGCCGUUUUGAAUCUGUCUUGAGUUCUGUCUCGCCAUUGGUCAAGGUCGAUCAUUAUGAGGAUGGCAAAGUCAAGAUGGUUGAGACUUCGAUGGUGGAAUCGAGCUUGCCUAUGGUCGAGGAGUGGCUCGAAUACUUGGCUGGCCCUGCACCUUCGUGGUUCCGCGCUUUGCUAACAACGCCCACUGUCAUUCAAGGCAAAAAGUUCCUGAACAACCCUCUUGCUCGUAUCUUCCGCCCUCGUGUCUCACAGGCCAUCCACUUUGAAUAUAGUGAGGAUAGACUCCAGACUGUCACUGUGUAUGAUCGCCGCUCGUGGUCCGCCUCCAGCAAGUCAGAUGAUCUGUCGCCUUCGCUCCGUGCUCGCCUUCAGGCUAACGGAUUAAUUGAAGUUGUCUUAGUCGAGAAGAAUGGUGACCGUCUAAUUCCCUUCCCCUUGCUGUUCCAUUAUACUCCUGAUAAAGGCUACGCUCCCAUCCACGAAGUAAUGGAGGGUAGGAAUGAAAGGAUAAAAGAAUUUUAUUACAAACUUUGGUUCCCUUCAGAAGAGGACCAGUUCAACGCCUGUCUCGCUACCGAUGCCUUCACACAGCAGUUCAUCUGUAAUGGCGAGCAGGUCAAUACACCUGACAUCAAGGAGUUCUGUCAGGCCGUCGGGAACCAAGCAGAGUUGUACGUCGAACGCCGCCAGAAGGUUGUUUAUGCUCCUAUGGACUUCGCCAUUGUCGUUGGCUGGAAGUCAAUUAUCAAGGCUAUCUUCCCUAAAUCAAUCGAUGGUGAUCUUUUGAAACUAGUUCAUCUCUCGAACGGCUUCCGUAUGUUGGAUGGUGCAGAACCACUGAAACAGGGCGACAUCGUGGACACUAUUGCUGAAAUUAAUGCUGUUGUCAACAACGACUCCGGCAAGCUAGUUCAAGUCAAGGGAGUUGUCUUGCGUGAGGGUAAGCGCGUGAUGGAAGUCAAAUCCGAGUUCUUGUAUCGUGGUUCCUUCAAUGACUACCAUAACACAUUCCAGAAAAUCGUCGAACUCCCCAUGGAAGUUAAGCUUACAUCGCCCAAAGACGUUGCCGUUUUGAAGAGCAAGGAAUGGAUCCAGUGGACUGAGGGCGAACACACUGUCGGCCCCAACUCCUAUUUGGUCUUCCGUCUCAAUACAAUUUUACGCUUCAAGAAUAAGACUGUGUUCUCACAUGUUGAGACCACUGGCACGGUAUCAAUGCAGAUUUCAACUAAGGAACACGUUGAAAUCGCCAAGGUCCAUUACAGCAACGAUGAGGAGACUCAUGGUAACCCUGUCCUUGCCUAUCUCAAGCGCCACGGCAAGCCUAUCGAGCAGGCUGUUCAUUUCGAUAACGGUGGCUACUCUGUCAUGCCUGAGGGCUCAUUUAGCUCGGAGGUCAUUUCCCCAUUCAGCAACGAACCAUAUGCUAAGGUGUCAGGUGAUUUCAACCCCAUCCAUGUCAACCCUUACUUUGCUGAUCUCGCUGAGCUCCCUGGUACAAUUACCCAUGGCAUGUGGACAAGUGCCUCUACCCGCAAGUUUGUGGAAAUCUUUGCCGCUGAUAACCAUCCCCAGCGCGUCACAAGCUAUGAAGUCGACUUCUUGUCUAUGGUCCUUCCUCAGGAUCGCCUGUCGACCAAGCUUUCACAUAUUGGUAUGAUUAAUGGAAAGAAGAUCAUCAAGGUUGAGACCUUCAACCAAAACGGUACUAAGGUCAUUGAAGGCACUGCAGAGAUUGACCAGCCUACUAUUGCCUACGUUUUCACCGGUCAAGGAUCUCAGGAGCAAGGAAUGGGAAUGGCCUUAUAUGACUCUUCACCUGUUGCAAAGGACAUCUGGCAGAGGGCUGAUCGACACUUCCUUGAGAAUUAUGGUUUCUCAAUCCUGGAUAUCGUCCGCAACAAUCCCCUCAAGAAGACGAUUCACUUUGGUGGCCCUAAGGGUAAUGCCAUUCGUCAAAAUUACAUGUCGAUGCGUUAUGAUCUCGUCGGCCAGGAUGGAUCUGUUCAAUCCCUGCCUUUAUUCCCUGGUAUCAACGAGUCUACAGCCUUUUACACAUUCCAGUCACCUAAUGGUCUUUUGGCUGCAACCCAGUUCACCCAACCUGCUCUGACCUUGAUGGAGAAGGCUGCGUUUGAGGAUAUGCGAUCCAAGGCCUUGAUUCAGGGUAACUGUGCUUUUGCUGGUCAUUCUCUUGGCGAGUACUCUGCCUUGGCUGCUAUUGGUGAGGUCUUGCCUAUUGAGUCUCUCGUCGAUGUUGUAUUCUAUCGUGGUAUGACCAUGCAGGUGGCUGUGCCCCGUGAUUCAUUAGGCCGCUCCAACUAUGGUAUGGUCGCCAUCAACCCCUCGCGUGUGUCCCCCACAUUCAAUGACUCGGCUCUCCGCUAUGUAGUUGAUGCCAUUGCCAGACAGUCAAAUGGGCUCCUGGAAAUCGUCAAUGAGAAUGUUGAGAAUUGGCAAUACGUCGCUGCUGGUGAGCUCUCCAAUUUGGAUGCUCUCUCAACCGUCCUAAACUACAUUAAAGUUCAAAAGAUCGAUCUCCAGAAGCUGAUGGAAACCAUGCCGCUCGAAGAAGUUAAGAGGCAUCUCACUCAGAUCAUCGCCGGUGCUCUCGAGAAGGUCGCCGAGAAGCUUGCCAAGGAUGGCAUCAUUAAGCCAGAGCGCGGUGUUGCUACCAUUCCCCUAGCUGGUAUCGAUGUUCCUUUCCAUUCAAGCUUCCUGUUAUCAGGCGUCGCACCUUUCCGCACAUAUCUUGCCAAGAAGAUCAACCCUUCCUUCAUCAACGUUCCUCUGUUGACUGACAAGUACAUUCCCAACUUGACCGCUCAGCCUUUCAGUAUCGAAAAGUCGUACAUUGAAGGUGUCUAUAACUUGACUUCCUCACCUCGCCUUGGCAAGGUCCUCAGAAACUGGGUCGACACCAAGCUUACUGCUAAGCAACAGCAGCGCCUCGGUUACACCCUUUUAGUCGAAUUGCUUGCCUAUCAAUUUGCUUCGCCUGUCCGCUGGAUUGAGACUCAAGAUAGACUUUUCAAGGAGUUCAAUGUUGUUCGUUUGAUUGAAGUUGGGCCUUCACCAACUCUCUGCGGUAUGGCUCAACGUACCCUUAAGUUCAAGUAUGAGGCAUAUGAUGAUGCUUUGACUUUCCAGCGUUCCACACUCUGUACUUCCAAGGAUGCUAAAGAGAUUUAUUAUGCCAUGGAUAACAUUGAAUCUUCCGCCCCUGCUGCUGCUGCUGUACCUGCUACACCCACGCCUGCUGCCAAGGCUGCGCCUGCUGCUGUAGCUGCUUCUGCGCCUGCUGCUGUUGCCGCUGGUCCCGCUGCUGCUGUCGCUGACGCCCCUAUUAAGGCUAUUGAGAUCUUGCACGCCCUUGUGGCUCAGAAAGUUAAGAAGAGUUUGGAGGAGAUACCUCUUUCUAAGGCCAUUAAGGACCUUGUCGGAGGUAAAUCAACCCUUCAAAAUGAGAUUUUAGGUGAUCUUCAGAAGGAGUUUGGGGGCUCUGGAUUCCCCGAGAAGAGUGAGGAAACACCCCUGGAGGAGCUCGGAAAUGCUCUUCAGGGUAACUUCAGUGGAUCCCUCGGCAAGCAAACUACCUCGUUGAUCUCCAAGAUGAUUGGAUCCAAGAUGCCAGGUGGUUUCUCACUCUCGACUGCCAAAGGCUACCUGGCCAAGACUCAUGGCUUGGGACCUGUUCGUGCUGAUGGAGCAUUGCUGGUUGGUUUAACUAUGGAGCCUGCUGCUCGUCUUAACAAUGUCUCUGAGGCCAACAGCUGGCUAGACUCUGUCGCACAGGCAUAUGCGCGCCGUGCUGGUAUUACUUUGGGUGCUGCAGCUCCUGCUGGCGCCGCGCCUACCAUGAUGUCCGCCACUGGACCUGUCGGCGGAGGCGCCCCUGCUGCUGUUGCCGAUGUUCCUAUUAAGGCUGUAGAUAUUCUUCAUGUUAUCGUUGCUCAGAAGAUUAAGAAAUCAGUUGAAGAAGUUCCUCUUUCCAAGGCAAUCAAGGAUCUCGUCGGAGGCAAGUCAACUCUUCAAAACGAGAUUUUGGGCGAUCUGCAGAAGGAGUUUGGUGGAUCUGGAUUCCCCGAGAAGGGUGAAGAAGCUCCAUUAGAAGACCUUGGAAAUGCUCUUCAGAGCAACUUCAAUGGCACUCUUGGCAAGCAGACGACCUCACUCAUCGCCAAGAUGAUUGGAUCUAAGAUGCCUGGCGGUUUUACUCAGUCUUCGGCUAAGGGCUAUCUUGCUUCUGCCUAUGGAUUAGGCCCGCUUCGUGCUGAUGGCGCUCUUCUCUUGGGCCUGACCAUGGAGCCUAGUGCUCGUCUUGGAUCUGAAGCUGAGGCUAAGAGUUGGUUGGACACUGUUGCACAGGCCUAUGCUCGUCGCGCUGGUAUUUCUCUCGGUGGAGGCGGUAGCGGCACUAUUGGCACUGGAGCUGUUGGAGGCGCUAUGAUGAACAGCGAAGAAUUUAACCAAUUCCAAGCCAAGCAGAAUGCUAUGAUGUACCAGCACCUUGAAAUUUAUGCUCGCUACCUUGAAAAGGAUCUCCGCUUUGGUGAGAAACUCUAUGAGGAAGAGAAGCUUGCAACCCUUCGUCUGCAGGCUGAGAUCGAUCAGUGGAUGGCAGAGCACGGUGACUACUAUGCUGAGGGCAUCAAGCCCUCCUUUAGCGCUAAGAAAGCUCGUAUCUAUGACUCGCACUGGAACUGGGUUCGUCAAGAUGCUCUAUCUCUUUUAUACGACAUGAUCUUUGGACGUCUGACUGUUGUUGAUCGCGAGGUUGUUGCUCAGUGCAUCCAUGUUAUGAACCGUGCCAAUCCUCAGCUGCUGCAGUUCAUGGUCUAUCACAUUGACAAUACUGCCGCUGACCGUGGUAAAACCUAUGCUCUCGCCAAAGAAUUCGGCAAUUUGUUGAUCCAGAACUGUCGCGAGGUUCUUGAGGCCGCUCCAGUGUACAAAGAUGUUGGUGUACCCACUGGCCCAUCGACCUCGAUCGAUAACAAGGGUAAUAUCUUGUACGAGGAGGUCCAGCGUGCUGGCGUGCGUAAGUUGGAUCAUUAUGUCAAAGAUAUGGCUGCCGGCGGAAAGAUGUCUGAGUACAGUAACCGCCAAAAAGUCCAGAAAAACUUGGCCCAAAUUUACAAGAUUAUCAAGGCCCAAAACACUAUGAAGUCCUCAUCCAAGUUAGCCAUCAAAUCCCUCUAUGGUGAGGUCAUUCAUGCCAUCAAUAUGUCCAAUAAUAUCGUACGUGAGGAGAGAGCUCGUCGUGCCAGCCGUGCUCGUCGUCCCUCAGUCAAUGUCAACCCUGAUCGCCCCAAGAAGGCAGCAAAGAAGGAAACUAUCCCAUUCUUGCAUCUCAAGAAGAAGAAUCCUCAUAUCGAAGGUGGAUGGGAGUUCUCUCAGCGUCUGACUAGCGUUUAUCUUGAUGUUCUGACUAAUAUGGCCAAGGAUGGUAUAACCUACGAGAACCGCAUGGUCCUUAUAACCGGCGCUGGUAAGGAUUCCAUCGGAGCCGCUAUCCUCAAGGGUCUACUCUCUGGAGGCGCCAAAGUCGUUGUCACCACCUCGCGUUUCAGCCGUGAGGUUACGGAGUACUACCAGUCGAUUUACCAACGCCAUGGCUCCAAGAAUUCUUCCUUGGUUGUCGUUCCUUUCAAUGGAGGCUCGAAACAGGAUGUUGAUGCACUUGUCAACUAUAUUUACGACAAAGAUCCUAAGAAAGGCCUAGGUUGGGACCUUGAUUACAUUAUCCCAUUCGCCGCCAUUUCUGUCCAAGGCAAGGAAAUCGACAAUAUUGACUCGAAGUCAGAGUUAGCUCACCGUAUCAUGUUGACCAACGUUCUUCGUCUGCUGGGUAAUGUGAAGACCAAGAAGAUGGAGUACGGUUACGAUACACGCCCUGCUCAGGUUAUUCUUCCCUUGUCUCCUAAUCACGGGACAUUUGGUGCUGACGGUCUUUACGGAGAAUCUAAGGUCGCAUUAGAGACCCUGUUCAACCGCUGGACUUCUGAAUCUUGGUCUGCCUACCUGACUAUCACUGGAGCCGUUAUUGGUUGGACUCGUGGUACUGGUUUGAUGAGUGGCAAUAACAUUGUCGCUGAGGGUCUCGAGAAGUAUGGGGUCCGCACUUUCUCAACUCAGGAGAUGGCCUUCAACAUCUUAGGUCUUAUGCAUCCCUCGAUCACCAGUCUUUGUCAAAUUGAGCCUGUCUGGGCUGACUUGAACGGUGGUCUGCAGUACUUACCCAACCUAAACGAAAUUAGUGCCAACUUGCGCGCUGAGUACCGUCAGACUUCGGAGAUCCGUAAGGCCAUUGUCGCCGAGAACACUUUGGACUUUAAAGAGACGUACGGCGCUGAGGCGGAGCGCAAGCACCAAUCACACAAAGUCACGCCCCGAGCUAACAUGAAGUUCCCCUUUCCAGAACUCAAGGACUACAAGGAUCUUGGGCAUGCUCACAAGCUCAAGGGUAUGCUCGACCUCGAAAAAGUCGUUGUCGUGACAGGUUUCAGUGAAGUUGGUCCAUGGGGCAAUUCCCGUACUCGCUGGGAGAUGGAAGCCAAUGGCCAGUUCUCGCUCGAAGGAUGCAUUGAGAUGGCGUGGAUUAUGGGCUUCAUCAAGCACCAUAACGGCCCUCUCAAAUCUGGCGCUCCUUACUCUGGAUGGAUUGACGCCAAGACUGAAGAGCCUGUGAAGGACAGGGAUGUCAAGGCCAAGUACGAGAAGCAGAUCCUGGAGCACACUGGUAUUCGUCUGAUUGAGCCCGAACUGUUCGGUGGGUAUGAUCCUAAACGCAAAGGCCUUAUGCAGGAGGUCUUGAUCGAUCACGAUCUUGAGCCCUUCGAGGUUUCAAAGGAGGAAGCACAUCAGUUCAAGCUCCAGCAUGGCGACAAGGUUGACAUCUAUGAGGAAGAGUCAGGCCAAUGGGCUGUCAAAUUCAAAAAGGGUGCCAGCAUGUACAUCCCCAAGGCGCUCAAAUUUGACCGUCUCGUCGCUGGGCAGAUCCCUACUGGAUGGGACGCUGCUCGCUAUGGUGUGCCCAAGGAUAUUAUUGAUCAAGUCGAUGUCAUAACUCUUUAUGUGUUGGUUUCGACCGUUGAAGCCUUGGUCGCAUCUGGCAUCACUGAUCCUUACGAGUUCUAUCAAUAUGUCCAUGUCUCUGAGGUUGGAAACACAGCUGGCUCCGGUGUCGGCGGUAUGCUUUCCCUCCGCGGUAUUUACCAUGACCGCCAUCUGGAUAGGCCUGUGCAAAAGGAUGUGCUUCAAGAGUCUUUCAUUAAUACAAUGCCCGCCUGGAUCAACAUGCUGCUGUUGUCAUCUUCGGGCCCUAUCAAGACGCCAGUCGGAGCCUGCGCUACAGCUGUUGAGUCUGUUGAAAUCGGCGUGGACACUAUUCAAAGCGGCAAGGCUAAGAUUGUUAUUGUUGGAGGCUACGAUGACUUCCAGGAGGAAGGCUCAUACGAAUUCGCAAACAUGAAGGCGACUAGCAAUACUGAAGAUGAGUUUGCCCAUGGCCGCACGCCUCAGGAAAUGUCUCGUCCUGCCACGACUACUCGUGCUGGUUUCAUGGAGUCGCAUGGUGCUGGUAUUGAGAUUUUGAUGCAGGCUCAACUUGCCAUUAAGAUGGGUGUCCCAAUUUAUGGUAUUAUCGCUCUAACUAACACCGCUACCGACAAGGAGGGCCGCUCUGUCCCUGCACCUGGCCAGGGUGUCUUGACCACUGCUCGAGAGGCCAAGGGCAAGAUGCCUUCUCGUCUUCUGGACAUCAAAUAUCGUAAGCGUCAGAUUGAUGCUCGCCGUGCUCAGAUCAAGCAGUGGGUCGAGAACGAGUACACAGAACUGAAGUAUGAACUUGAGGAGCUCAAAGCCAACAACGCACUCACUGUUACAGAAGAGGAGUAUCUCGCUGCUGAGACCGAACGUAUCCAGAAGGAAGCCCAGCGCCAACACCGCGAGGCAUUAAACUUGUGGGGCAAUGAGUUCUAUCGUCAGGACCCUCAAAUUGCACCUCUUCGCGGCGCUCUUGCCUCCUUUGGCUUGACUAUCGAUGAUAUUGGUGUUGGAUCAUUCCACGGCACUUCUACCAAAGCUAACGACAAGAAUGAAUCCGAAGUCGUCAACAAGCAGCUCGAGCAUUUGGGUCGCAGCAAGGGUAAUGCGCUGCCCUCGAUCUGGCAGAAAUACCUUACUGGCCAUCCUAAGGGUGCUGCUGCUGCCUGGAUGUUGAAUGGAGUUCUCCAGGUCCUCCAGACUGGUUUGAUUCCUGGUAACCGUAACGCCGAUAACAUUGAUGAUGUUAUGAAGCAAUAUGAGUAUGUGUUGUACACGUCACGUUCGAUCCAGACUGAUGGUAUCAAGGCAGGUUUGCUCAAGUCCUUUGGAUUCGGUCAAGUAGGUGGUGAAGUCCUUGUGAUUCACUCGGAUUAUAUCCUUGGUGCUCUUGAAGAACAUGAGUAUGAGGCAUACAAGGCUAAGCAGCAGGCACGCCAGGCCAAGUCAUACCGCUAUCUCCACGACUCAAUGACUGGUGGUCCAGCCCUGGUACAGGUCAAGAACGCUCCUCCAUACACUCCUGAACUUGAAUCGCCUGUCUACCUUGAUCCUCGCGCUCGUGCUCAGUACAACAACACUACUAAGUCUUGGGCCUUCAAUGCCAAAGCAUUGGUCCCUCAAGGAGAGAAGGUUGAUGUAGAUAUGACGCGAGCUAUCCUUGAGACUUCUGCAAAAGAGUCUGUUUCAACAUCACGUGGUGUAGGUGUCGAUGUCGAGAUGGUCUCUGCGAUCAAUAUUGAGAACCAGACAUUUUUGGAGCGCAAUUUUACACAGCAAGAGAUUGACUACUGUCUGAGCCGACCUGACCCGCAGGCAAGCUUUGCAGGACGUUGGUCCGCCAAAGAGGCUGUGGUCAAGGCUGUGUCGUCGUUCUCAUUAGACGCAGAGAAAGUCUGGACUCAAGGAGCAGGUGCAGGACUCGCCGAGAUUGAAAUUGUGAUGGCAGAGAGCGGAGCACCUUCGGUUGUUUUCUCAGGUGCAGCACAAGAAGCAGCCACCAAAGCCGGUGUCAAAGAGAUCAAGGUCUCGAUCAGCCAUUCCGGCGCUUACGCAGUUGCGGUUGCAAAUGCAUUGUAAAAACCUGCCUUUUCAUUUAUAUAUAUAUUUUUUUUAUAUGCGCUUUACUCUUUUUUUUUUUU